UCUAUGUUAUGACAGUACAUAUUUUUGGCCAAUUGAAGUAAACUAACAGUGGGAGCUAUAUAGCCUGUUACAGCUCAGCAAUGAAGUGUUCCAUACCCAUACACCAUGUGUGUGAUGCAGAACUGGAAUGAAGGAAGACUAUAAAGCAGCCAUGAGUCUAGAUCUUGGUAUAGCACUACUGGUGAUACUGAUAGCUACUGGAGCAAUGGCCUCUGGACAACAGCAAAAGAGACUACCCAUGACCUCCAUGCUGUGUGGACUAGUGUGUGUGGUCCUGCUCUCUGGGCUCACUGCACUGGUAGGGGGACAACAGCCAAAAGAGUGCUCUGAUUUACCAUCACUAACGAAUGGAGGCAUUACCUACACUGAUGGAUCUACUGACAGCAGACCUAUUAAUACCAUUGCUACCUACACUUGUAACAAUGGCUACACUCUCACUGGAGGGGGUGUCAGAGCUUGUCAGAAUGAUAGGACCUGGAGUGGAUCAGCUCAAACAUGUCAAGCUAACUGCCCUGACUUACCCACACUGACCAAUGGGAUGAUCAUGUACAGUGCUGGAUCCCCUGACAACAGACCUCUCGGCUCUAGUGCUGUGCACUCCUGCAACACUGGCUACACUCUCACUGGAGGUAUCACCAGGGUCUGCGUUACUGGAGCGAGAUGGAGUGAGACUGCUCCAACUUGUCAAGGACCUUGUUCUGAUUUACCACCACUAAUGAAUGGAGGCAUUACCUACACUGAUGGACUUACUGACAGCAGACCUGUUAAUACCAUUGCUACCUACACUUGUGACAAUGGCUACACUCUCACUGGAGGGAGUUUCAGAGCUUGUCAGAAUGGUGGGACCUGGGAUGGAACAGCUCCAACCUGUCAAGCCACCACCUGUCCUGACUUGAUUACUCCAACCAAUGGAAUGAUCAGCUACAAUAUGGGGACUACUGGUCUGAGGCCAGUGAACACUGUGGCCACUUUAAGCUGUAACACUGGCUUCAAUCGAGCCACCACUUGUCAGGCGGAUAGAAUGUGGAGUGGCAGUGAAAUAACGUGUGAAAUCUACCUGACUCUUGGAUAUGAUCGACGUGUCAUCACUACUAACAAUACGGAGAUCUUUAUCACUGACAUUGGAGAGGAUGGUGGUUUACCAACUCUCACUUGUCACACUGACUCCACUACCUGCUGUAGAAGUAAUGCUGACAACAAUGGUAAUGGAUCACUAGGACAGUGGACGUAUCCUAAUGGGAGUGUGAUACUGCGCAAUGGAGCCUCAAUGACUGCUGGAGAGCAGUUCUACGUUAACAGGAAUGGUUUUGCUCAGAUCAUUGGACUAAACCGUAGAGAGGCUAACAACUCCCUCACUCCAACCGGGUCCUACUGUUGUACUGUACCAACUAGUGCAGGAAGAGAUGACCUUCUGUGCUAACCUGGUUUUGUGCCCCUCCCUCACACUAAUGGAUGGGAUGGUCUCCUACUCUGACCCUACACUGGGUGAGAACACUGUGGUCACUCACACCUGUGAGGCUGGGUCUGCCCUCACCACUGACAUCACUACCAGGACCUGUGGAGUGAC